AUGCCGCCAAAGUCAAACUUCAAGCGGGCCAUGCCCCAUACGCAGCCGUCCAUGCUGGCGUCGCUGCGCACCACGCAGCUCGUGGGCGACUCAAAGGCCGUACUACCUGCAGAGCUCAUCAACACCAUCCUCGACUAUCUGCCCGUCGCCGACAUGUUCAACUUUGCGCGCACCUCGAAACGUAUGCGCGAGAUGGUAUACGACGACACAAGAUGGCAGCAGAGACUGAGGAGCAUGGGUUGCUGGAACGAAGCAGAGGCCAAGCAGAGGUUUGAAGAGGCCAUGAAGAAGAAGUUGCAGGCACAAAGAGCAGAGGAUGCACGCAUAGCAGGCCUUGUACCCAAUGGCAGCACCAGCUCCAUGGCACCG